AUGGAUUCUAACUUGGCUGACAACGUUCUGUUUGACCCUCAUGGCAUACCAUUGAUUAGGAAAAGGCUGCUUCUGGCUGUGCACUAUUGUUAUGUUCUCUCUCACCCACACUCUCUUUCCCCUCUCCCCUCCCUCUCUCAGAAUGCUGUGUCUAUGUACUGUCGCCUGGGUUUUGCCCUGAAGAAAGGAAGCUCGUUCAGCUCAGAGCAGCUCCACCCCACAUGGAAGACUGCCCCCUCUGUCAACAGACUGAAGAGCACAGUGGAUCCCAAACAGAUGCUGCUGUCGUGGGAACAGGGGAGUCCUGUGAUGGAGGCUGGAUCUUCGGCUACAGACACAGACACCACCAGCCUGGAGGACCAAGACAACACCAGUGUGAGCAGCCUGAGUAACCCUGGUCCUGUUGCCCCACCCACCAAGAGGAUCGCCUUCCUGUUUGACUCCACCCUCACUGCCUUCCUCAUGAUGGGGAACCUCUCUCCGAACCUGAAGAGCCAUGCGGUCACCAUGUUUGAGGUGGGGAAGCUGUCAGACGAGACCCUGGACAGCUUCCUGAUGGAGCUGGAUAAAGUAGAGAGCACGGCGGAGGGCGAGGCCCAGAGGUAUUUUGACCAUGCUCUGACCCUCAGGAACACCAUCCUGUUUCUCCGCUACAACAAGGAACUAACCACCGACCAGGGCCCUGACCUGCCUAACAACGGCCUCCCCCUAGACAUGCUCCGCUGUGAGAGUCUGCUGGGUCUAGACCAGGCCACCUGCAGCCGUGUCCUCAACAAGAACUACAAACUCCUGGUCUCCAUGGCACCGCUCAGCAACGAGAUACGACCUAUCAGCAGCUGCACGCCUCAGCACAUUGGGCCAGCCAUCCCCGAGGUGAGCUCCAUCUGGUUCAAGCUCUAUCUGUACCAUGUGACGGGCCAGGGUCCUCCCUCGCUGCUGCUGUCCAAGGGCUCCCGGCUCCGGAAACUACCAGAUAUCUUCCAGGUCUAUGACAGGUUGCUGAUCACUUCCUGGGGUCACGACCCUGGUGUGGUACCUUCGUCUAACGUGCUGACCAUGCUCAAUGACGCCCUCACACACUCCGCUGUACUCAUACAGGGCCAUGGGCUGCAGGGUCAUGGAGAGACAGUUCACGUCCCCUUCCCGUUUGACCGGGAGGAUCUCAAAGGAGAGUUCUCCUUCUCCAACAUGUGUGUCCACAAGGCCCUGCUGCUGCUGAGGGAGAAGGUGGAUCUGGAGCACCAGUGUGGUUACAUCACCAUGCUCAACCCCAACAGCAGGCACCGCAGGAGGGCCAGCGAGAGCUCCGACGGCAGGGGAGACAGUCAUCUGGGAGGUGGGUUGGAGGCCAACAGCAGCACGGAGUCCUUUGAGCUGGUCACAGAGGACAACAAUGGAGGAAAGCAAGCAGCAGAAGUGCCGUUGACAGAAGAUGACUGGGUCCCUCUAGAGCUGUGCUUUGGGAUGCCUCUCUUCAGCUCCGAGCUCAACCGCCAAAUAUGCCGAAAGAUCGCCUCGCACGGCCUCUGUAGCAAAGACAGCCUUCAAGACUUACUUCAUUCCAGCCGAACACUAUCAUUGAAGGUCCUGAGUUUUGUUCAGUCGUUCCAGGAUGGCAGCCAGGGUCAGCCCGACCCUGACAGUGGAGUGUCCGGUCCUCUCAGCCAGCCCCCGGCCGAGUCUGGUGUUCCGCUGCCCGCUCUCAACCUCAUCUUCAAGGAUGGACAGCUGAGGGAGUGGAGUGGACGAGCACCUCCACCUCUCCACAUCUCAGCCCUGCAGAAAGACCAGACCUUAUAGAUCCCUAAACAUCUCAGCCCUGCAGAAAGACCAGACCUUAUAGACCCCUCCACCUCUCAGCCCUACAGAAAGACCAGACCGUAUAGACCCCUCCACAUCUCAGCCCUGCAGAAAGACCAGACCUUAUAGACCCCUCCACAUCUCAGCCCUGCAGAAAGAACAGACCUUAUAGACCCCUCCACAUCUCAGCCCUACAGAAAGACCAGACCUUAUAGACCCCUCCACAUCUCAGCCCUGCAGAAAGACCAGUCCUUAUAGACCCCUCCACAUCUCAGCCCUGCAGAAAGACCAGACCUUAUAGACCCCUCCACAUCUCAGCCCUGCAGAAAGACCAGACCUUAUAGACCCCUCCACAUCUCAGCCCUGCAGAAAGACCAGACCUUAUAGACCCCUCCACAUCUCAGCCCUGCAGAAAGACCAGACCUUAUAGACCCCUCCACAUCUCAGCCCUGCAGAAAGACCAGACCUUAUAGAUCCCUAAACAUCUCAGCCCUGCAGAAAGACCAGACCUUAUAGACCCCUCCACAUCUCAGCCCUGCAGAAAGACCAGUCCUUAUAGACCCCUCCACAUCUCAGCCCUGCAGAAAGACCAGACCUUAUAGACCCCUCCACAUCUCAGCCCUGCAGAAAGACCAAAGUGUUUUGCCACCUUAAGUACGUGUUUCUGAUGGACUUUCCCUCCUCCUCAUAUUGUCCUAUGAUCAGAACCAACCAACCCCUCCUCUUCCUCAUAUUGUCCUAUGAUCAGAACCAACCCCUCCUCCUCUUCCUCAUAUUGUCCUAUGAUCAGAACAACCCCUCUUCCUCGUAUUGUCCUAUGAUCAGAACCAACCCAACCCCCCCUCCUCUUCCUCGUUUUGUCCAAUGAUCAGAACCAAACCCUCCUCCUCUUCCUCGUAUUGUCCUAUGAUCAGAACCAACCCCUCCUCCUCUUCCUCAUAUUGUCCUAUGAUCAGAACCAACCCCUCUUCCUCAUAUUGUCCUCUGAUCAGAACCAAACCAUCCCCUCUUCCUCCUCCUUGUAUUGUCCUAUGAUCAGAACCAACCAACCCGUCCUCUUCCUCCUCCUUGUAUUGUCCUAUGAUCAGAACCAACCAACCCCUCCUCUUCCUCCUCCUUGUAUUGUCCUAUGAUCAGAACCAACCCCUCCUCUUCCUCAUAUUGUGCUAUGAUCAGAACCAACCAACCCCUCCUCUUCCUCAUAUUGUCCUAUGAUCAGAACCAACCAACCCCUCCUCUUCCUCAUUUUGUCCUAUGAUCAGAACCCCUCCUCUUCCUCAUAUUGUCCUAUGAUCAGAACCAACCCGUCCUCUUCCUCAUAUUGUCCUAUGAUCAGAACCAACCCCUCCUCUUCCUCAUAUUGUCCUAUGAUCAGAACCAACCCCUCCUCUUCCUCAUAUUGUCCUAUGAUCAGAACCAACCCCUGCUCCUCUUCCUCAUAUUGUCCUAUGAUCAGAAUCAACCCCUCCUCCUCUUCCUCAUAUUGUCCUAUGAUCAGAACCAAACCAUCCCCUCUUCCUCCUCCUUGUAUUGUCCUAUGAUCAGAACCAAACCAUCCCCUCUUCCUCCUCCUUGUAUUGUCCUAUGAUCAGAACCAACCCAACCCCUCUUCCUCAUAUUGUCCUAUGAUCAGAACCGACCCAACCCCUCUUCCUCAUAUUGUCCUAUGAUCAGAACCGACCCAACCCCUCUUCCUCAUAUUGUCCUAUGAUCAGAACCAACCCUACCCCUCUUCCUCAUAUUGUCCUAUGAUCAGAACCAACCCAAUCCCUCUUCCUCAUAUUGUCCUAUGAUCAGAACCAACCCAACCCCUCUUCCUCAUAUUGUCCUAUGAUCAGAACCAACCCCUCCUCCUCUUCCUCGUAUUAUCCUAUGAUCAGAACCAACCCCUCCUCCUCCUCAUAUUGUCCUAUGAUCAGAACCAACCCCUCCUCCUCCUCUUCCUCGUAUUGUCCUAUGAUCAGAACCAACCCAAUCCAACCCCUCCGCUUCCUCAUAUUGUCCUAUGAUCAGAACCAACCCCUCCUCUUCCUCAUAUUGUCCUAUGAUCAGAACUAACCCCUCCUCCUCUUCCUCAUAUUAUCCUAUGAUCAGAACCAACCCCUCUUCCUCAUAUUGUCCUAUGAUCAGAACCAACCCCUCCUCUUCCUCAUAUUGUCCUAUGAUCAGAACUAACCCCUCCUCUUCCUCAUAUUAUCCUAUGAUCAGAACCAACCCAAUCCAACCCCUCCUCUUCCUCGUAUUAUCCUAUGAUCAGAACCAACCAACCCCUCCUCUUCCUCAUAUUGUCCUAUGAUCAGAACCAACCCAACCCCUCCUCCUCCUCCUCCUCAUAUUGUCCUGUGAUCAGAACCAAUCCAACCCCUCCUCUUCCUCGUAUUAUCCUAUGAUCAGAACCAACCAACCCCUCCUCUUCCUCAUAUUGUCCUAUGAUCAGAACCAACCCAACCCCUCCUCCUCCUCAUAUUGUCCUAUGAUCAGAACCAACCAACCCCUCCUCUUCCUCAUUUUGUCCUAUGAUCAGAACCAACCCAACCCCUCCUCCUCCUCCUCAUAUUGUCCUGUGAUCAGAACCAACCAACCCCUCCUCUUCCUCAUAUUGUCCUAUGAUCAGAACCAACCCAACCCCUCCUCUUCCUCAUAUUGUCCUUUGAUCAGAACCAACCCAACCCCUCCUCCUCCUCCUCCUCAUAUUGUCCUGUGAUCAGAACCAAUCCAACCCCUCCUCCUCCUCGUAUUGUCCUAUGAUCAGAACCAACCCAACCCCUCCUCCUCCUCCUCAUAUUGUCCUAUGAUCAGAACCAACCAACCCCUCCUCUUCCUCAUAUUGUCCUAUGAUCAGAACCAACCCAACCCCUCCUCCUCCUCCUCAUAUUGUCCUGUGAUCAGAACCAACCAACCCCUCCUCUUCCUCAUAUUGUCCUAUGAUCAGAACCAACCCAACCCCUCCUCCUCCUCCUCAUAUUGUCCUGUGAUCAGAACCAAUCCAACCCCUCCUCCUCCUCAUAUUGUCCUGUGAUCAGAACCAAUCCAACCCCUCCUCCUCCUCGUAUUGUCCUAUGAUCAGAACCAACCCAACCCCUCCUCCUCCUCAUAUUGUCCUAUGAUCAGAACCAACCCAACCCCUCUUCCUCAUAUUGUCCUAUGAUCAGAACCAAUCCAACCCCUCCUCCUCCUCGUAUUGUCCUAUGAUCAGAACCAACCCAACCCCUCCUCCUCCUCCUCAUAUUGUCCUGUGAUCAGAACCAACCAACCCCUCCUCUUCCUCAUAUUGUCCUAUGAUCAGAACCAACCCAACCCCUCCUCCUCCUCAUAUUGUCCUGUGAUCAGAACCAACCCAACCCCUCCUCUUCCUCAUAUUGUCCUAUGAUCAGAACCAAUCCAACCCCUCCUCCUCCUCGUAUUGUCCUAUGAUCAGAACCAACCCAACCCCUCCUCCUCCUCCUCAUAUUGUCCUAUGAUCAGAACCAACCCAACCCCUCCUCCUCCUCCUCAUAUUGUCCUGUGAUCAGAACCAACCCAACCCCUCCUCCUCCUCAUAUUAUCCUAUGAUCAGAACCAACCCAACCCCUCCUCCUCCUCCUCAUAUUGUCCUGUGAUCAGAACCAACCCAACCCCUCCUCUUCCUCAUAUUAUCCUAUGAUCAGAACCAACCCAACCCCUCCUCCUCCUCAUAUUGUCCUGUGAUCAGAACCAACCCAACCCCUCCUCUUCCUCAUAUUAUCCUAUGAUCAGAACCAACCCAAUCCAACCCCUCCUCCUCCUCGUAUUAUCCUAUGAUCAGAACCAACCCAACCCUGCAUGAUACCACUGCACUAAAUAUUUCAGAAAAUACUUUGUCAUUAACGUGUUGUUGCUUUCAUGAUAAAAUGUGGGGACUUUAAAUGUCACCGUGAGACUAGUGUGGUGCUCUUCUCUUCUAUAGCCUAUGGAUCCAUCAUACAGCAUGUUGACUCAAAACCCUGUUCCGUUUUCAUCCUAGUUUACUUUCACCCAUGGUGGUGUUGCUCGUGAUGACUCCCGGAGGUGCAGUUGGCUUUAGGUGAUCCUUGGAUCAGAAGAAAGCUUGACCUGAGCUUGUCUUUUUUUUUUUUUGAAAACAAAUACUAUUUGAACCCAGGUCUGCUUGGGUUAUCCAGACAGUACCAAAGCCUGGAUCUAAUCCCUCACAGAGAAGAACCAUAUUACAAUCUAAUCUAAUCUAUGAUACUGUUUAUUCAUAGUGGGAGUUUUUCCCUGUCAGAAUCUGUAAUGCCACUUCGGGAAUAGGAGUACAGUAUUACACUCAGUAUUACACUCAGUAGUACACUCCGCAGUACACUCAGCAGUACACUCAGUAGUAGUACACUCAGCAGUACACUCAGUAGUAGUUCACUCAGCAGUACACUCAGUAGUAGUACACUCAGUAGUACACUCAGCAGUACACUCAGUAGUAGUACCCUCAGCAUACACUCAGCAGUACACUCAGCAGUACAAUCAGUAGUACACUCAGUAGUAGUACACUCAGCAGUACACUCAGUAGUAGUUCACUCAGCAGUACACUCAGUAGUAGUACACUCAGUAGUACACUCAGCAGUACACUCAGUAAUAGUACCCUCAGCAUACACUCAGUAGUACACUCAGCAGUACAUUCAGUAGUAGUACACUCAGUAGUAGUACACUCAGCAGUACACUCAGUAGUAGUACACUCAGUAGUAGUACCCUCAGCAGUACACUCAGUAGUAGUACACUCAGUUGUACACUCAGCAGUAGUACACUCAGUAGUACACUCAGCAGUACACUCAGUAGUAGUACCCUCAGCAGUACACUCAGUAGUAGUACACUCAGCAGUAGUACACCCAGUAGUAGUACCCUCAGCAGUACACUCAGUAGUAGUACCCUCAGCAGUACACUCAGUAGUAGUACCCUCAGCAGUACACUCAGUAGUAGUACACUCAGCAGUAGUACACCCAGUAGUAGUACCCUCAGCAGUACACUCAGUAGUAGUACCCUCAGCAGUACACUCAGUAGUAGUACACUCAGUAGUAGUACACUCAGUAGUACACUCAGUAGUAGUACACUCAGUAGUACACUCAGCAGUACACUCAGCAGUACACUCAGCAGUACACUCAGUAGUAGUACACUCAUCAUACACUCAGUAGUACACUCAGUAGUACACUCAGUAGUACACUCAGUAGUACACUCAGCAGUACACUCAGUAGUAGUACACUCAGCAGUACACUCAGUGAUCCAUCCGUGCUCUCUUUUCCUUUUUAUUAGCAUGGAAGGGACCAGUCUCCCAUUUCCACCCCAUAGUGGUUGUUUUAUUAGCAUGGAAGGGUCCAGUCUCCCAUUUCCACCCCAUAGUGGUUGUUUUAUUAGCAUGGAAGGGUCCAGUCUCCCAUUUCCACCCCAUAGUGGUUGUUUUAUUAGCAUGGAAGGGUCCAGUCUCCCAUUUCCACCCCAUAGUGGUUGUUUUAUUAGCAUGGA